AAAGUGAAACUUAAUUUGCCUCCAUCAGUUCACACUCAGCAACCCAGCAAGUACACGGCGCUCUCCACGCUGCUUUUGUCCCCCCACAAUUCAGCUUUAAAAAGGCAUGGCUUACCCACCCCAGACUCACCAGGUGGUGACGGUCACCCACCAGGGUCCGGGCAGAUGGAGCACCGACCUCUGCGACUGCUGCUCCGAGAUGGGCACCUGUUGCUGUGGGUUGUGGUGCUUCCCCUGCCUGCAGUGUGAGACUGCCAGUAAGUACGGCUGGUGCUGCCUCAUGCCCUGUCUGGACUUCUGCGGCAUCGUGUCCUGCAUACUCCGCUCCAACAUCAGAGAGCGCCACAACAUUCCUGGCUCCGGCUGCGACGACUGCUGCAAGGUGAUGUGGUGCUACCCCUGCGUUUGGUGCCAGAUGAACCGAGAGCUGAAGAUCCGCGCCCGCAAUCCGUCGGGCACCACCGUGGUCACCACUCAGGUCGGCAGGAUUUAGCCUGCAGACGUGGAGGUGGCGUCACGUGGUUCAUACAUUUCAUAUUUUGUCAUUUCACCGUCAUGCAGAGUUACUGAUUGGAGUUUGUUUUGAUGCAAAGAGAAGCGUUUCUGUUGAGCUCUGUUAGUGUGAAUGCAUUUGUUUCAAGUCAACUUUGUUUUUUUUUUUUUUUUUUUUUUUUCCCCCGUUUUUUUAAGAUCUUCUAGGAUUUGAGUGCCACAUUAACGAGUUUGAUAUUUUUCUGAUCUUUGUUACUUAAUAAAAUACUUCCUUCAAGUCUCAA